AUGGUUGUUGAAAAUGUUACCAAGAGACCAGCUCAGCAUAAGCAAACCUCUCGUAAAGGUAAAAAGGCAUGGAGAAAAAACAUCGAUUUAACUGAUAUUGAGAAAAGUAUAGCCGAGAAAAAAGAUCAAGAGAUCACUCAUGGUACAUCAGAUCUUGGUGAUUUGAAUGAUACGGCACUUUUCCAAAUUGAUGAAACUGGUGACAACGAUUUGAAAAGUAAACUUAUCAAGAGAAAGCAGAUAAAGAAAAACGUUAAGAGUAGAGAGAUAUUAGAUGCAAUCAAAACGAAUUCUAAGAUUGGCGCCCUCAAACAUGUCAAGCACGAUGAGGGUUCAAAAUCAAAAGUUCAAAAUGUUUCUAAAAAAGAACUAAGAAAGCUACUGGCACUAGCAGGUAAAAUAGAUGGCGAGUCCAAAGCCAACCAUCGCAUGGCAAAAGAUGGUUUAUCGAAAUUCAAAAAGGUGGACCUUUGGGGAGAUGACAGUAAUGACAAAAAAAAGGUUGUUACACCUGCCGGAAUAAAACUUGAUGUGAAAGAAAACGUUAUCAUACCAGAAGAAUUGCUCACAAAGUCAACAUCAGGAUGGUCAAUCGCUUCCGUUAAACCAGACACACUGGAUAUGACACCAGUAAAAGUUAAGGAAAUAGAUGAAAUACCUCAUGCAGGUAAAUCUUACAACCCAGAUAAAGCUGACUGGUCGGAUUUGAUCAAUUCUGAGUACGAAAGGGAAAAAGUAAUUGAAGACAACAAAAUUGCCAUGAAAGAAUAUAGGGAAAAGAUCAAAAGAUUAAUGGAAGUUUUAAAUGAUAGCGAAGAGGAAGAAUCAUCUUCCGAGGAUGAUGCAACCAUCAAGAACGCAGAACAGGAUGCCGAUGAAGAUAACGGAGACCUUAUCAGACUUUCAGUUAAUGAAGUUGUCAAGAAUAAAAAGAAAACUAAGUAUCAGAGGAAUAGGGCCAGACGACAUGAAGAAAAGAUUAAAAUGCAUAUGCAAUUGAGGGAAUUGAAAGCAAAAUUACUUGAACUUGAAAAAUUGGAAGAGAUCGAAAAGGAAGUCAAAGAAAGGCUUACUUCAAACAAUAAAAGUGUAAUUAAAGAUGCUAAAGUGAAUUACAAGCGUAAUAUACUACAGGAAAACUUCGAGGCCAAACUAUCGGACGAGUUAUCUGAUUCAUUAAGAAAGUUGAGACCGGAAGGAAGUUUAUUGCGUGAUCAAAUCAGAAAGCUGCAAAGUUCAGGUAAAAUUGAAUCUCGUGUAAAGAUGAGAAAAUCAAAGAAGAUAAGACCAAAAAUCACCGAAAAAUGGACUCAUAAGGAUUUUAAAUAG